CCUUCCUCUUCCUCUUUUGUGUCUUUUUGCCUCAGCUGAACAGAAUCAUCACACCUCUUUCCACUGCUGUAGAGAUAUGUUCUGCUACAGCUUGCUUUCCUGUGUCUCUGUUUUCAUAGCACAAGGAAAGAGAUGAAUCAUGGAUGAAAGAGAAUUCAAAAAAGGUCUUGUACAUCAAACCAGGGAUGUAAGAUCUCCUGUCCCUGGUGAGGACAGAGAGCAGUGGGACCAACAGUGGUUCAGUUCCCUAUCAGUUACUGAAGUCCCUUCCUGGUUCACUCUUUUUUGCCACAGUUGGGAGUUGGAGGAUCAGACAUUCUUCUGCUCACCUAGACCCUGGUGACAUGGAGGAAAACCUGAACUCUACCGCUUGCUAUCUUGCUGGAGUUAAGCAGAGGCUCAUUUGCCCUGUAGAUGCCAUGAACUUGGUGGCUUCCUUGAUUCUGCAUCCAGUGGGCCAUAGACAUCAUCUGGCUUGGAAGCUGGGAUCUCUCUUGGUGGGAGAGAUUGUCCCAUUCUGUAAGGCUUGUAGCUCACCAGCUGCUGCUUUGGUCAAGGAAGCAUGGCACUGAUGCUGGAUUCUGAGUCUGUUAGCUCAGAUGUUCAGCACCAUCCUUCGGACUGCUUCCCUUAUCUUUCAGAUAAUGCCAGCCAGGGUUUUUGUGGGGUAUUACAAUGAAUCAUGGAAUCAUGAAGGUUGGAAAAGACCUCUAAGAUCACCUAGUCCAACUGUUAGCCCAUCCCCACCAUGUUCACCAACCAUAUCCUUUGUGUCACAUCCACACAGUUCUGGAACAUCUCAAGGGACGGUGACUUCACCACCUCCCUGGGCAGCAUUAUUAUUUCUACCAUAAAGAUUCUGGAGAGUGAAGAUCUGCUACAAAAGCUGAAAAUAUUCUUGAAAUCCUUUGAACUUUGUUACCUGGGUCACAGUCAUUCACCUUGCAUUUUCUUGCUUCUCACUUUCAGGUUGACUCUCCAGCAAAGAGCUGGGGCAGCAGCUAGAUCUAUCUCCUUGCUGACUCAGGAGGAUCUGGGGAGAUUGUCAGAAUUUCAUGGGUGAUCUCUCGUGGUUACAGGAUUGGCACUGCUCUUCAUCAUCCCCAGUGAGAAGGGAAAGUGAAGAAGCCAACAACCACACGCAUCUGGGAAGGAAAGCAAGCUAGAAAAAGGAAGAAUUGGUGGGAACAUUCUGUAACCUGUUGUGUGAUUAGAACCUGUAUGUGUUCCAGUGCAUGAGCAGCAAGGAGUAAAUGACUAUGAGAUAGUCCUCAUAUUUGAAAACACCUCAUAUUUGCCUUCAGGAGCAAUUCAACACAGCCAAGGAAGUUCAGCCUGGUCAUCUUGGUGAGAGCCCAGAGAGAUGGAGAUGUUGUGAGGACCCCAUCUUUAGGGUGCAAGAGUCCCAAGUAGGUUCAAGCUGGCAUGACCUGCUCUGCAGAGUGCUCUUCUGGACCUAAUGUCCUCCAUCCUCAGCAUGCUCCUGACCUCUUGCAUGCCCUUCUCCACACUCAGGAGGCUCUUUUUGCAGUACUUUUACCCCAUUAUCCUAGGCCGGAUUGUUGCAGUGCACUGGGGUCCUCACCGGCCUCCAUGAUGGGGAUCAGGGACAUAUUUGGAAUGUGGAUACUGCAAGCGUGUCAAUGGUAGCGGGGGUAAGGAAGGGGAGCCCAGCCCUGGGUUGCACCACUUCACAUCCUUCCCUGUGCCCAGCAACUCCAGUCCCCAGGGGUUGAGCUCUCUAUCCCCACUGGGGGAAAGCAGUGAAUGCUGAGUUGGGGUGGGGGGCUGCAGCAUCCCCUCCCCACCAGCCCUGACUGUGUCCUGACUCUGAGCAAUGCUUGGCUCCACCUUCCACCCUUCCCUCCCCCGGUGCUAAGCAGCAAAGCCAGCAAGAGGCAUCCAGCCGGGGCAUUAGUAAAAACCAAGCCUCCCUCCAGGAAUGGCACUUGCCUGAGCACCUCCCCGGCAGCACGCCCCACAGCCGGAGGGAGAACAGGGGGGCACUGGGACAAGAGCUGCAGCCUUCACAGGGUUUGCUGCCUGCACCAGCCAGCAACUGAGAAGAAAGAAGUGACCAUGGCUGAUGACCAAGACCUGUCGGAGGUGGAGAUGAGCCCAGUGGGUUCUGAAGACCACCACUGCCUCUCGCCGGGACCAUCCAUGGCGUCGGACAACUCUCCGCACCUCACCGGCUCUGGAAAUGGGGAGAUGGGCAAGGUCAAGAAGGAGCAGCAAGACUCGGAGGCGGAUGACGACAAGUUCCCUGUCUGCAUCCGUGAGGCAGUCAGCCAGGUGCUGAGCGGCUAUGACUGGACCCUGGUACCCAUGCCUGUUAGAGUCAAUGGAAGUAACAAGAGCAAACCCCACGUCAAGAGGCCCAUGAACGCCUUCAUGGUCUGGGCGCAGGCUGCCCGGAGGAAAUUGGCUGACCAGUAUCCGCACCUCCACAAUGCUGAGCUCAGUAAGACCUUGGGGAAGCUCUGGAGGCUGCUGAACGAAAGCGAUAAGCGUCCCUUUAUUGAAGAGGCGGAGCGGCUGAGGAUGCAGCACAAGAAGGACCACCCCGACUACAAAUACCAGCCACGGAGGCGGAAAAAUGGCAAGGCCACGCAAGGCGAGGGAGAGGGCCAGGUGGAGGGGGAGGCUGGCGGGGCUGCUGCUAUCCAGGCUCACUACAAGAACACCCACCUGGACCACAGGCAUCCUGGGGAAGGAUCACCCAUGUCCGAUGGGCACCCGGAGCACUCUUCAGGUCAGAGCCACGGCCCUCCCACUCCUCCCACCACCCCUAAGACCGAGCUGCAGGCAGGCAAAGCUGACUCCAAGCGAGAAGGGCGUUCCCUAGGGGAAGGGGGAAAGCCACACAUUGACUUUGGCAAUGUGGACAUCGGGGAGAUCAGCCAUGAAGUGAUGUCCAACAUGGAGACCUUUGAUGUCAACGAAUUCGACCAAUACCUGCCACCCAACGGACACGCCGGCCACCCAGGCCAUGUUGGGGGCUACGCAGCAGCUGCUGGCUAUGGCCUUGGGAGCGCCCUGGCUGCGGCCAGUGGACACUCAGCCUGGAUCUCCAAGCAGCAUGGAGUCUCCUUGUCCGCCACCACAUCACCAGUGGUGGACUCCAAGGCCCAGGUGAAAACGGAGGGGUCUGCCCCUGGAGGUCAUUACACCGAUCAACCUUCCACCUCCCAGAUAGCUUACACAUCCCUGAGUCUGCCCCACUAUGGUUCGGCCUUCCCCUCCAUCUCCAGGCCUCAGUUUGACUAUCCUGAUCACCAGCCCUCGGGACCCUACUACAGCCACUCCAGCCAAGCCUCCGGCCUCUACUCUGCCUUCUCCUAUAUGGGACCUUCCCAACGUCCUCUUUACACUGCCAUCUCUGACCCCACACCCUCUGUGCCACAGUCUCAUAGUCCCACACAUUGGGAACAGCCUGUGUAUACGACUCUCUCUAGACCCUAGGGAAUGGGGAACAGUGACCAAAGCAGCGACGGAAAGGCUCCGAAGAAUCCGCACAGGCAGAAGAGCCUCCGAACUCCGAGGUCACUCAGUGCCACCAUCCAGCCACCAGAACCCACUGAGUAUCUGGAAGUGCCUUUCUUGACCCCGGCUAUCGCUGGCUCACCCGCCUACAGGAAGGUUUUUCGUCCUUUCGCCCUGUACCGAUUUCACGCAGGCCACACAACUGGCUUGCAACACCUUAUUGGCCUUCUAGAUGAGGAAGACUCAAGACAUGGAGUGACGGGUCCGUGGUGGGCUUCGUUGUGCGCACCCUGGACUGUAAGAGGAGAGAGACUGUCCUUUCCUUCCCCUCCCCAACCUCCUCCAGCAAAUUAGCAAGUGUCUCCAAAAGGCCACCAUGGCCAACUCUUUGUCAGCUGCUGCAGGUGAAGGGUGCUUGCUCAGCCUUGGUGAACAUGUCAUGGGAGGAGGAGUUGGGAGGACGGCAUGGCCGGCUUCCUUGCAUCAGAGUUGUGCAGCAGUCCUGCCUAAGAUUCACACAUGCAUGAAUCUUGAUCCCUGCUGGAAGACCAACUUAUGCUUGCUUCCCUGCUGAUUUCCACAGCUGCACGCGAUAGCUUUUCUCCCCACCUCUUCCCUCUGUCCUAUCUGUUUAAUCCCACACUCCUUCCUGCAUGGAUUUUAUAAGGCUUGACUGAACAGUGCAGAGAAUUCAGGAACGCACUGUCAGCCUUAGCCUUUCUCAUAUCAUAGCCUGUAUGUGUGUAUGCGUGUUUGUGUAAGGAGCCGAGGAGAGGUGGGGAAGGAUCUGUGGAUCAUUCAGGUGCUGUGGGUGAAUCCUUUCUUCUUACAAUUUAAUUUCUAUCGUUCACUUGUGUCUCAGAUUUCUGGCAUCUCAGUCCUUCCCAAUCUCUUCAGUAUCCCAACAAUCUCUCAGCAAACCAGGUCCUUGCUCCUCCAGCAUUUGACUGCGUCUGCUGAAAACGUGACGGUACCAAGAAAGCUACCAUGCACUUGCCAACAUCCAAAUGUAGUUCCAAUAAUCCAAUACUCACUUUGAACACUGCUCCAAACUCAGGCCAAUGGGGUAUACAUCACUGUUCAUUUGUUCAUCACAUUAUCGCAAUCUGUCAGCACCUCCCUCCUACUUUCGCUCAGGAUGGAAAGAUACUCUUGUGGAUAUAAGCAAGGUAGAUAUGCACCCAAUAUUGGAUGACUACAAAGAAAAGAACACUAUUUAUGUGCAGAACUCAUUUUCAUCUCUGGGUUUCAAGCUGGAAACAAGCAGCUCUUGCAGUCAGAUCGACACCUUCUGUUCAGCCCAUCUCCUGAGGACAGCGUACUUAAUUCUCCUUUGUCACCUCCAGGACUGGGUGGUGUGUCCUGCCAGGGAGUGAACUGGCCAAGAAGCUGCUGCAGGAAAAAGUGACUCCUGACAACUGAUCACAGAGAUGCGUUGUGGAACCUCCUAACGGGUAAUUCAGUCUAGAAAGAUAAAAUACUUUGACCGAACGUGGACUGUGGUUCGUGUCACUGUUUCCCUCCGUCGAUAUGAUGUCAGUCCUUCCCACCUCCCUUAGCUAUGGAUGACUUCUCCUUGUGGUGUCUGAAAAGAUCACAUAGAAUGUUUGUUCCCUGUACGCAUGUAACCUAUCUGAGCCCUGUCCUCUUAUUUAUGCAAGUAGCACCUUCCUCCCCCUGCUCCCUUUCCCCAGUCUUUAUGCUGUCCUAGCACCAUUAACUCUGCAUUAAACAUAUGGAAUAAUAAACUUAAAAGUUUCAUUUUCAUGUCUCUGGAUUUUUCUUCACCGCUUUCCUGGAAGUCUCUUGAUUUUUUCCCUCCAGUAAAUCUGUCACGUGUCACCACACCACCACACAGAUCCCAUGAAUGGCUCUCCUUGGCCCGUCAUUCAGAGGACGCAGCCACAGCUCCGACUGGCUUACUGUGCUCUUUCAUGGAGACGAAACUCACCAGUUCAUAAGCCAGCUCCAGCCAUUUCUUCCAUGCGUUGCUGUUCCUAAGCUAAAACUCAGCCCAAGCCAUGAAGAAGGGCACUACUUUGCAUGUGCUUCACCCAAGAAUUUCUUUAGCUUCAUUAUUAAUUAUCUACAGAAUAUGAGUGCGGAGUUUCUCCUCUCAGUUCCUCAUCUCUAUGUUGCCAUAAGGCAGUCACAAAAACCGUCCCCACAUCUAGAAAAUGAUGUAUUUUGGAA